CGAUGCUCUUGCACUCCCGUCAAUGCGUGCCCUGCACUUUUUCGCCACACAGUUCAUUUCGAAUUUUGACCGUCACCGUGGGCUGCUAUUGGAUCGAAACUGCACUUAUCCUAGUUUCUGAAGCCGGGCUGCGUUCCUAGCGAGCCCACACAACGCGGUUACGAACAUUAACAUUUCCUUAGCACCCACACCGUUAUCAGACAACGCACCUUGCGUUUCUCAGGCGCCAUGCCUUUCUAUGACUCUUAAGCUUUGUUUGCUCCGCGUGCGAAAGCAAAGUCUCACCGUCAAAGGGGUAUCAAAACUUGACCUUGGAGGACCGAAGCACAAGAGCAUUUCGUCCGCGUCCAAGCUUUGGACAGGUAUUGUUUUGCGGAAUGAGACUCAUACGAGUAUACAAACGAUGUUGUCAUGGUGCACUGGUGCAGCGUCCUCGGGUUCACGAAGCAUCGCCAGCCCUAUUGCGUGGAAGAAACAAUAAUGCAUCCUGCGAGACUACGCCACGCCACGUUGGCAGACCGCACUGCAGGCUGAGCAUCAGUAGCGCACUAUCACGCGAGCUGGACAGCGUUCACCGUAACACAGUAGUGCUCCGAAAAUACGCUGCAGCCCAACGAAGCGCUCGUAUUGUCUGCCGGUGCGUUUUUGACGUUGGACCGAGCGCAAACAUGGUAUUGCUAAUGUGUGGCGGUGCAGUGAAUCGUUCUGAGGUACCACGUCACAUGCUCUACCAUAGGCCUGGAUGGACUCAUGGCGAAACACUGCGAAAUGUCGUGUGGCGAGCACAGCCCACCUACGCCACACCAAUCACCACAUGUACAGUAAGAGACUCAGCUUAGCAAGUCGGCUUGCACGGGUUCGCCGCCACUGAUGUCGACUAAAGGUUUUGAUUUGACGACGC